UAGGCGGUCCGCUAAUGUCAGCCCUCUUUCCCUGUCGGAUUACAGCCGAGGCAGCACGCAAAGGAACUGUUACCAAGCCAUAAAACAUCGAACAAAAUCCAUUCCACAAUAGGGAAGCAUACAUUAUCCGCCAGCAUGCCAAAACAAAGUACCAAGAUGAGUGGAGUGCAGUGCCUCGCAACAGAGAACAUCUGGUUCGACAAACGGUGCUACGAUGAGGCAGAGAAGUGCUUCUACGAGGGAGCCAACGGACCCACUUCACAGGCGAAAACGGCCCUGCUGCAGCCAAAAGUGUCCCCGCAAAAACGGCGGCACAGAAACUCCUCCUCACAUGCAGGAGGAGACCAGGAGCUGGUUUCUCGCAUGAAGAGCAUGGAACUAGAAAACCACACUCUGCACAAAGUGGUGGAGGAGAUGAGAGCAGCCCUGCAGAAGCUGGAGUCCAGAGUGGUUGUGCUGGAAAAGAGCCCGGCGGCCGUCACAUGUGUUAAGGUUGCUCCAGUCAAACAGGUAAAGGUGGAAAAUGACGACGAUGACAUUGACUUGUUCGGCAGUGACGAAGACGAUGAGGAGGCAGAACGCAUCAAGCAGGAGCGCAUUGAUUCCUAUGCAGCCAAGAAAUCCAAGAAACCCACCCUCAUCGCCAAGUCAUCCAUCCUGUUAGACGUUAAGCCCUGGGACGAUGAGACUGAUAUGGGGAAGCUGGAGGAGUGUGUGCGGUCUGUGCAGAUGGACGGGCUCCUGUGGGGAGCAGGCAAACUGGUGCCAGUUGGCUACGGCAUCAAGAAGCUGCAGAUCAACUGUGUGGUCGAGGACGACAAAGUCGGCACCGACAUCCUGGAGGAGGAAAUCACCAAGUUUGAGGACUAUAUCCAGAGUGUAGAUGUUGCUGCCUUCAAUAAGAUCUGAGUUCCACCAAAGUAUUGCUGCUGCUCCUGGCUUGCACGGUUAUUAAAAUGCAAAGUUGAGGACUAAC